GUCGCAGCCUUCAUCUUGCAUAAUACAAUGUACAUGGCCGUCUAAAGUCAUCCUAGACAGAAUCCUAACACUUUGUCUGUUCUUAACUACUUAAUUAUUGAAAAAAAAAUUGCAGGUCGUGCAAAGCAUAUAAAUAGGACCUUUUGGUUUCGCAAAUCAGCUUCCCUAAUCAUUUUUUUCCCUUUGUCCACCCCCUGCUGCAUCCAUGGCCAAGAAAAUGGUGAUAAAGGUUGCUGUCAAUUGCGGGAAAGACAAGAAGGACAUAAUGAAAUCGGUCGCCAAGCUCGAAGGCAUCGACGAGAUGAAGCUAGAUGCUGCCAAGGGGACGUUAACUAUCCUAGGAGAUGUGGAUCCGGUGUGCGUGAUCAAGGCUCUGAGAAAGAAAUGCGGGAGAUGCGCAGAAAUCGAAUCGAUCGGGCCACCAAAGCCUCCGGACCCUCCUAAAAAGCCCGACCCACCUAAAUGCCCUCCGCCAUGCCCUCCGCCGUGCCCUCCGCCAUGCCCUCCGCCAUGCCCUCUGCCGUGCCCUCCGCCGUGCCCUCCGCCGUGCCCUCUUCCGCCAUGCCAUCCUCCAAUCUGUGGCCCUCGUCCCCCUCAUUAUUGCGAUUACGACAGCAACCCCUGUUCCAUCCUGUGAACGAACGAUGACUCGGUGUCAGCUUGCGAAAAGCAUGUUUUUGCUUCUGUCGAAUUCCGGCGACUGCACAAAUAAAGGGAACGUCUCUUGCCAAAUGUUUAUUAGUCUUUCCAAAAUGUUUGUUCCCGACCAUACCUCGUAAAGGAUUGUUUAUCAUAUGGCGACCGGUUUUAAAGCAGCUGCCAUUGACUUAGCGAUGUGACAUGACUGGUUUUGUCCAUUUGUUCUAUCGUUGUCACGCUUAACAAACGGUCACUGCCAUCAGUAGAAUCUUGCAAUGAGUUCACUGGUACGCAGGACACAGCCGCUGUACUAGGAAUUUUUAAUGGGAAAGAGUGCAAGAAAACAGAGA